GUUAUAGGCGGGAGACCUCGAAGUUUUCACCUAAAGCUAACGCGAAUUGUAUAUCUCCUUUGAAAUGGAUCCCUCUGCUAGCUGUGUGGCCUGCCAGCCUGAUAGUCAAUUUUGCCCUGAACAUGGUGGUGUAGAACAGCCCAACCACGAUUUUGAAGCUAAACUCCACGCCAAAAACCAGAAAGGUUUAAGACAGGUCAUAGUCAACUUCACUCCAUCAUGGGUAGGCACCAGCUGUGUCGUUCUGCUAGAUUAAUUUUCUCACCUUUUUCAAGUUCAGUGCUACCAUGGGGACGGGGAUUGUUUCGAUUCUUCUUUUCAACCUUCCUUAUAACGGCGACUGGCUAUACUGGCUAUCUGUGAUUGUCUUCGCCUUUAAUGUGUUCCUAUUUUCUCUGUUCAGCCUCAUCUCUUUCAUUCGAUACACUUUCUUUCGAGGUAUCUGGACAGCGAUGCUGAACCAUCCGACGCAGUCGUUGUUUCUUGGCACAUUUCCAAUGGGACUUGCAACCAUCAUCAACAUGAUAUGCUUCGUAUGUGUCCCGGCGUGGGGACAAUGGGCUGCCAAACUGGCAUGGGCCCUCUGGUGGUUUGAUACCGUUAUCUCACUUGCAAAUAAUAUGUAUUUGCCGUUUGUUAUAAUGUCUCGGCAUAACAAUGAACUUUCGGGGAUGACCGCAGCCUGGUUGCUGCCUGUCGUCUCUACUAUUGUCGCAUCUGCAUCUGGUGGGAUCGUGGCUUCGGUAUUAGAAAACAAUCAGCACGCUCUGUGGACCAUCAUUAUCAGCUAUAUACUUUGGGGGACGGGAGUCCCUUUAGCAAUGACAGUACUCGCGAUGUACUUCCAUCGCCUGACGAUCCAUAAGCUACCGCUCAGAGAAGUCAUUGUGUCGGUUUUCCUUCCACUGGGACCAUUAGGCCAGGGUGCUUUCAGUAUCAUGCAACUCGGGAAGCAGGCUAUGAGGGUCUUCCCCGAAACAAAUAGCCUUCCUGCGCCAAUCUCAGCGGGCCCUAUACUCUAUAUUCUCGGCUUUGUGCUCGGACUCAUCAUGUGGGGGUUCGCGCUUGUGUGGCUUUUCUUUGCGCUGGCCUCUAUCACUCGGUCGAGAUUCCCUUUUAACAUGGGCUGGUGGGGGUUUACCUUCCCGCUUGGGGUGUUCACGACUGCGACAACUACCAUUGCAAAGGAGCUUCCUUCGUUGUUCUUCAAGGUGUUAGGCACUAUAUUCUCGGUUAUUGUCAUUUUACUUUGGAUCGUUGUUAGCAUCGGCACACUUGUUAAAUCCUGGCAAAGGAAGAUAUUCAUUGCACCAUGUCUGAAAGAAUGGGAGAAGUUGGAGGCUGAACGUCAUGCGAAGGAUUGCCGAGGUUUGCGAGAUGCCUAGUCAGCCUUUUUUAAUGUCAUGCACACAGCGCCAUUGAUAUCAUUUUGAAAGCGGACAUAAGAUGUUGAGAAUACCAGUCAGGUCAAGCCCUAUUCCAAGUGCUGGUCAGCAUUUUGGAGUAGCGGCUGUUACUUGUUGAAUUCUGC